UUUCUUAACAUCACACAUCUAAGAUUCUGAAAAGUAGGUCACAUAAGCCACACCUACAACACCAGACACAUUCACACACAAUCCUUGUUUGGUUCAAUUAAAAACGAUGUCUUUAGAAAAGUUGUCCUCCGAGCUGCAUAAGAUGAUAAUCUCAGACUUUCGAAUCGAAGGAUCAACUUCCCAUAAAUCAGAGACAACUUUGGGUUCCUACAGCAAAUGCAAAGAUUCAGGAAUUGUAAAGCAAACAAUGAAGCAAAAGGUGCUCCUUCGAAAACCAAGGAUUCAACACCCCUUUAAAAAAAGCCGUGUCGAAGGACUGGAUUGGGCGCACAGGAUUCCAGACAUCAAGGCAGAGGCGGAAUCUAACUGGGCAACCGUCUCGGAUAGAAAGAAGGGUUAUGAUAGUACCUACGACCUUAAAGCCAUGAUGAGCGAGUGCGAAAAUAUUGUUGGUUCCGGUAAAGCCAUAGACUUGGCAAUCCCAAAGGUGGACAUGCCACAGGAACAGUUUAAUCUGGUCCCAAAGGUUUUUGAAACGGCCUCCCCAACCUGUGAAUGUGAUAAACUAGAUGAUAUUUUCCCUUAUGGAGGCACAGAUGCUCAAACCCAAAGUCCCGAUGAAGUUAAUGUCGACGAGCUGGCCUGCUACUUCGAAAAUAUGGCCAACAUACCCAAGAGUCUAUCGCUCAGUGCCGAAAUGAUGUACACCUGAUAUUGGGAACAGGAAGUGUAAAUUGUUAGAUUUGAAGGAAUAAAAAGCUUGCCUAUUUUGUACUACA